AUGCGAAAGUUGGAAUGGGACGACAUGGGAGUGAAGGUUGAUGGUCGGCAGCUACACCAUUUGCGCUUUGCUGAUGACAUCGUACUGAUAACACCUAGCAUCAGCCAAACGGAAGCGGAAGCGGACCGAAUUCGACGAAACAUGUGGAUGCAUCGGUCUUCAGCUGAAUCUACAAAAGACGAUGUUCAUGCGGGACGGAUGGGUCUGCGGGACGGAUGGGUCGGGACGGAUGCCCCAUUCACGCUCAACGGAACGAACAUAUCCAAAUGCACCAGCUACGUUUAUCUGGGUCGGGAACUGAACAUGAAAACCACCCGCGAGGGGGGGAGGAGGAGACGAGCGGCAUGGAGAGCGUACAAGAACAUCGAGGAUGUAGUGAAGAAGAGCAGGAACACCCGGCUCCGUGCUCACCUCUUCAACACCACCGUACUUCCUGCUUUGACCUAUGCUUCGGAAACCUGGGCAUUUCGCAAGCAGGAAGAAAACGCAGUGAGCGUCAUUGAACGCGCAAUUGAGGGACUGAUGCUAGGAGUAUCCCGUUUCACGGAAGUGAGGGACAGGAUUCGAAGUUCUCUCCUACGUCAACGAUCGACGCCGCCGCGUUUGCCAAGGAAAGUAAAAUAA